GUACCCAAGAAACCAGAGGACAAGUCUCAGACGAAAACAAACCAGCCUUUAAAGAAGAACGACAAAAAAUCGUCAAAAAAGCUUAAAUCUAAUGGGGCAUUAGAUACUUGGUUUUGCGGCCGUGCGACUGAUCGUAAGGAAAAUGGAGACAGGUCAAGUGGAUGUGGACCGCGAAUUUGGAGGCAUGAACAACACGACGAGGAUAAAUGGCCGGAAGUUGACUCUCACUCGAAAAGUCGGUGUGACUCUCCUCCAAAUAGUACAUUUACACGAAUGAUCCCUGAUCCCGAAACUGCAAUGCAGAAGAAACGUCAACAGGUCCUCGGAGAAAAACUCUCUCAAAUUGUGAGCAAUGGGUCCGACUACAUGGGUGGAACUCUAAAAAUUUAUGGCGACCUGAUUGAUCCGAAUGUUCCCUACAAGACCCUUCUGUUGUCAAUAGAAGACUCCGUUUCCCAUGUUAUUCGUCAAGCUUUAGAUAAAUAUGGACUAGAACUUGCUGAUCCCGCCGCGUACUGUCUGGUUAUGCGAACGCGGUCUGCCAAUGAAGCUCCCAUGAAGGAAACACGUGAAGAAGUUCUGAAAAAUGAUUCGUGUCCCCUCAAACUCCUAUUGUGCCCAGAUUCUUCUCAUGAAGGCAUUAUUACAACAUUCGAGCUUCGUCCACGCCUAACUCGAAUGGGCAAACAGCGUAGCAUUGAGCGAAACGGACGUGGGCUUUCGCCUCCCCCGCUCAUUCGAUUACCAUAUCAUCAAAUAAAUCCAAAGACCUCUCAUCCAUCUGAGACCUCAAGAGUCCAACCUGCGAAUGGACGUCAGAAUUCAUUCGCCUGUCUGGUAGACGUUUGUGCGGAAGAGCAGCACUUCGUGAAGCCGGCCUUUUAUCCACUACCUCUGCAUUUGGGACAGGUUUGCGUUGGUACCUCCUUACAACCUUCCACCAAGUUCCCACUUCUCGUAACUCUGCCAUUGAACGUGUAUCCUGACGUGGCCCCCUUCCAUCUGGUCGUCUGGCAACCCCGAGUGACCUCCGGUCAAUCAUCGCCCCGUUGCUCCUCCCGCAGCUGGCUGGCUUGUGCCCCGGUCGCUAACACACCUGUUUUUGUCAACGGUCAUCGACUCAAUCUGUCCGGUUUCCGACCUUACAGUCUUGAUCGAAGACGCCAAUUCACCCAUCAAACCUCUUCACUUGCCCAGGAAUCGGCCGUUCAUUGGCUCACACCUGGUGACGUCAUCCAGUUGGGAUCGGGUGAGAGGUGUCGUUUCCGCAUCUGGCCCGGACGCAGCCCGCCGCCACUACCGAACAUCCCAUCACUGGCUUCUACGUCAAGAUUUCGUGUAAACGGAAUCAAUAAGUUGGUGGUACCGACAUAUACCAGUAACUGUCAUCAGCACCAGUCUGGCCGACUGAAGGUUCAGGCCAACCAGCAAUACCAUCGUCACCGUCAGCAUCAUCAACAGAAGCAUCGCCCGAUUUCCAUAGAUUCCACUAAAUCUGACCUCUCUGACAACAGUUGCAGUAUGGCCCUGUCUCCUACCUCGUCCGUGAUGGAACAGGAAUCUGGCGCUAUCUUCUCCGACGCCGUGAUGACUCCGAGAGAAUCGUUUACUUCAAGUGGAUCGUUCAGGUCGCCCAUCAUUGUGGCGAGUAAGCUAAGUACCAAAUACACCGACAGUCGGAUGCAAGCAAAUCACCUCCAAGUGAAGCACGUCACGAGUUCUGCAACCUCUCCAACGCUCUCUACUUCGGGCAUCGGAACAUGCACAAAGCAAACAGACAGCCGGUCAGGCCAUACGCUGUCUGUUAGAAAGUCGCCAAACCACUCGCAGUUGUCAGACUCCGGCUCCCACGCCGCCGCACCUCCUCUCCUCGACCGGCUGCCCUGCCAACUGGCAUACGCCCCCACGAGUUUGGAUGCUCUCUUGGACUGGCUGCUCGUGAGUCCGUUCAGAAUUCAAAAGGGCGAGGCAGAAGGGCCAGAGCCACUAACCUGUUCCCUCGGACCAGCCUUUAGCGUGUAUCUCAUGUUGCGGGCGAUAUGCCGUCAAUGCGAUCGCUGGGAGGCAAUAGAGAAUAGGAAGAUGGCGGCUGAAUCUAUCAAGCAACACAGCCGCCGACAGCGUGAACUGCUGACUCUUUUCGUGGCCGUGGUUGAUCGCCUGGUGUCAGUCGAGCGCCACUUGAGUGAAGAAAUCUCGGUCGAUUCCAAUUCCCACAAUGACCUCGAAGAAAGGGCUAAAUUGUCUUCCAUUAUUCUUUCAAAUCUAAGUCAGUUGCUGCAUUUCGUUUCCAAAGACAUCGACCUUCAGCGUAUAUUCCAGCCCGGUGAAGAAGGCGAAGGUGCAGGUGAAUGCGCGAACGCCUGGUUGGCCCUAACAGACCGCGUCGCCGAACUCGUUGAGUCCGUGUUCAACAGUCUUCUGGCAACGUGCACUGCGCUCCUCUCGUUCAAGCAGUGUCUUCCAGCUCUCGUGGCGUCUUGGGACCUUCGAGCAGCGACAUGCCGCGACAACGAGUCCACUGGGGAGGUCAACGAGGGGGGAGAGGAACGGGAGGAGGAAAUCGAGAUUACCGAUGAUACUUCGAUUGACGAACUGGUGGACCCAGUUUUGGAUGAGCUCACGAAAGUCCUCGACUUCUUGAACACAAAUUCAGUUAAUCCGGCAUUCCUCGUGCAAUUGUUUGCGCGCCUGCUGCACUACAUUGGUGCGCGUCUCUUCAACUGCCUGGUGGAGGAGCCGAGGCGAGUUUCGCCUCAGUGGGGCCACCUGCUCUUCGAGUGGAUCCACAAGAAGCUGGUCUCGUGGGCGGAGCCACAGGGCCUCCGGGUCGCGGUGGAGUGCUACCUCACCCGUCUCUCACAGGUCUGCAGCCUCUCUGCCGCCGACUUGAUGCAAGCCAGCACCGAGACCGUGGAGGGACUCUACAACUCUGCCGUGGACCUGGAUAGGCUAAAUUCUGUGCAAGUCAGAUUUCUACUGGAGGCUUAUCGGCCCUCAUACGCGAAACCCGUGGUUAACGUGUCCCUUGAAGCCCAAGCCGGGGAGGAGGCGGGCAAGUCGGAGCACAUUCUGCCCCAGUGGAUCGACUUCAUCAUUUCUGGUGUGAGCCAGGUCUCUGACCGCCUACUAGCCGAAGAAUCCGAACAGCCUGACUGGAGACCACAUCUGCGUGAGCCUCUGGAGCUUCAAUUGCCUCUGCUGCUGCCCGAUGACUGCUAUCCCUCCUCCAUCCCCAUCCGAAACCCCCACCUCGAAGUCAACCAGGAGACCCCCGACAGUGGCCAAUCGGGUGCUCUUGAGGUGUCCCACCUCGCUGCCUACUUGCGUCCGGCUCUGGCGAAUGGGUGGUGCCGUCUGUCUGUGCGACAGGUGCCCAGCAUGGAGAACGAAACUUGGCUUUCGUGGACAGUCUAUCUUUCAGAGGAAAUACCGACUCCAGUGCAUCUCAGUAGGCCUCUCAGUGAACGCGAGAAACAGAUGGAUAGCCCCGGACCAAGAACUCCACCUGCAUUUGAAGCACCUUCUCCUCCAAACAAAGAGAAAUCGCUCAACGUUCCAACCGAUCCACCUCCGUCCUCCACGUUUAUGUCGGACCGUUCACUCGAGUUUCCAAAGCUGGAGGAAGGGCGGAAUGUCAAAAUUUUCGAUGUAGCAGUACCUAAAGUCGGUAACAAUCUUGGCCUCAGGAUCGUUGCUGCCCGAAUUGAUAACGGAAGAACAUUUGACAUUUUCGCCCAGUCCGAAGAUGGGAGUGACCUUGGGAUUUACGUGAAAUCGGUUACUCCCGGAGGAGGCGCGUCACAAGCCCACCUUCUGAACAGAGGCACUAGUCGAGAAGAUGAACUUGCACCGCACCCUCCAAUAGCUCCAGGAGAUCGAAUUUUAGCAGUUGAUGGAAAACAGACUCAGGGGCUGUCGCAGGAUGCGGCUGCCCGCCUGGUCCUCCUCGCCGGUCACGAGGUUCAUCUGACUUUGGCAAGGAAUCUGGGUCUUGGAUGUGUCGCCGCAGCAGUGCCAGCCAGGGAUCUCCGCAAGAGAAACGGGCAAGCGCAAAAUCGACGACACACCACAACACCUCAGUCUGCAGACCUCCAAAAAGCAGCGAUGAAAGUUACUUCGUGUGCCCAACCCCCCAAGGACUCCCCCAUUGUCGUUCGCGCAUCUUCCAAUACAAAUGGCCGUCAUUCGGUUGAACACGUUGACAUUCAAUCAGGUGGUGUUGCUUCCGCCUCACUCCCAUCUCCACGCAUUUUGGUCGAGACCAGUUCGCUUCUCGCACAUGAAGUCACCACCGUUUCUGGCAUCCAACGAAGCAGGUCCCUAAUGUCUGCGGACGUUCGAGAUCGGCGAUUUUCAGUUGAACGUGGGAGUUACGACAUUGCGGAGACACCACUGUCCUCCCAACCAAAUGCGGUCUCUCAUGCUCCUGAACUAUCAAGGCUUUCUAUCAUGGACGGCAAAGACGCCGAUCGGAUUCUACGCCCGAUUAAUGCUCAUCAGUACAAAGGUGUCCAGCCGGCUGACUGGAAAGAAAUGGACGUUGACGAGACAUUGGAAAUGCUAAAGGAAAUGCGAGACCAGUUAGACCGCAGUCUGGCCCUCAGAGGUCAGCACACCACGUCCUUCCACGCACCGCCUCCUCCUUCAGUUAUCUCCGCAGAUAGGAAAUCUCAGUAUAGUGGAGACGUAUCACGAGAUCCCGCUGAGACAACCCGCUAUAGGCCAUAUCCAGUUGAUUAUUCAAUGGGGCCUCGGGACAAGGCAAUGUGGAGUGAAGAGAGUUCAGCAUUCCGCACCACACCAGACCUCACUAACGCAGUGACACUUGUUCGCUCUGCAUCCACGUACACACCUGCUCGGUACCAAACUUCCUCCGCCUCCAUGGACGACAGGCACAGGACGCACUUGGUCUUUCGAAGUCCAAUGGCCACCUUCAAUGGAGGCAGUCGAGUUAAUCGUUCCAACACAUCUGAUCAAAUACGCUGCCCAGGCAAUGCCAUUCAGCCAGCGCACGAACCCUCCAAGCACGUCGUGGCGGCGGUGACCCGCCUGCCUAACCUGGGACAGGCGACACCUUCGCGCCCGCACGACCCCGACGUGACCCACCGCCGUUCUCAGAGCGCCGACCAAACCCCAGAGGGUACCGUCGAUGCUGGUGGACAGCCAAGUGUUGCCGAGCGCGUGAAACUCUUCCAGACUGUCAUUGAAAGUCAUUGUAAAUAG